CUCACAUCCCAUCUGGAUCACGCUCGCGCUCUCCCUUCUGCUUCCCUACCAUAGAGUUGCGCUGGAAACAGAAGAUAGAGGGAGUGUAGGAGCUCGCCAUCUCCAAGCGAUCUACAUUGGGAAAAACAUGGAGUCCGCUCCGGCAGCCCCCGAUCCAGCAGCCAGUGAGCCGGGCAGCAGCGUCUCCGAGGCGGCCGCCGGCGCCAGGGACACCCCGGUGAACCUGGAGCCUGCCCGGAAAAGCGAUGCGCCGGCUCCCGUCCGCAGGCAGAGCUACUCCAGCAGCAGCAGCAGAGGUAUUUCUGUAACAAAGAAGACUCAUACAUCUCAAAUUGAAAUUAUUCCAUGCAAGAUCUGUGGAGACAAAUCAUCAGGAAUCCAUUAUGGUGUCAUUACAUGUGAAGGCUGCAAGGGCUUUUUCAGAAGGAGUCAGCAAAGCAAUGCUACAUACUCCUGUCCUCGGCAGAAGAACUGCUUGAUUGACCGAACUAGUAGAAACCGCUGCCAGCACUGUCGAUUACAGAAAUGCCUUGCUGUGGGGAUGUCUCGAGAUGCUGUAAAGUUUGGUCGAAUGUCAAAGAAGCAGAGGGACAGCCUGUAUGCGGAGGUGCAGAAACAUCGAAUGCAGCAGCAGCAGCGAGACCACCAGCAGCAACCAGGAGAGGCAGAACCACUAACACCAACAUACAAUAUCACCACCAAUGGGUUAACAGAGCUACAUGAUGACCUCAGUAAUUACAUUGAUGGGCAUACCCCUGAAGGUAGCAAAGCAGACUCUGCAGUUAGCAGCUUCUACUUAGACAUACAGCCUUCUCCAGAUCAGUCGGGUCUUGAUAUUAAUGGAAUCAAACCAGAACCAAUAUGUGACUACACACCAGCAUCGGGCUUCUUCCCUUAUUGUUCUUUUACAAAUGGGGAGACCUCUCCAACUGUGUCCAUGGCAGAAUUAGAACAUCUUGCACAGAAUAUUUCCAAGUCACACAUGGAAACUUGCCAGUACUUAAGAGAGGAGUUGCAGCAGAUAACAUGGCAGACUUUUCUGCAGGAAGAAAUCGAGAACUAUCAGAACAAGCAAAGGGAGGUAAUGUGGCAGUUAUGCGCAGUCAAAAUAACAGAAGCUAUACAGUAUGUAGUGGAAUUUGCCAAACGCAUUGAUGGCUUUAUGGAGCUGUGUCAAAACGAUCAAAUUGUGCUUUUAAAAGCAGGGUCUUUAGAGGUUGUGUUCAUCAGAAUGUGCCGUGCCUUUGACUCCCAGAACAACACAGUCUACUUUGAUGGCAAGUAUGCUAGCCCAGAGGUUUUCAAGUCCUUAGGUUGUGAAGACUUCAUUAGUUUUGUGUUUGAAUUUGGAAAAAGUUUAUGUUCUAUGCACCUGACAGAAGACGAGAUAGCUUUGUUUUCUGCGUUUGUUUUAAUGUCAGCAGAUCGCUCAUGGCUUCAGGAGAAAGUAAAAAUUGAAAAACUCCAACAGAAGAUCCAGCUAGCACUUCAGCACGUCCUACAGAAGAACCACCGAGAGGAUGGAAUUCUAACAAAGUUAAUAUGCAAAGUGUCUACUUUACGAGCACUGUGUGGACGACAUACAGAAAAGCUUAUGGCAUUUAAAGCAAUAUACCCAGACAUUGUACGACUGCAUUUUCCUCCACUUUACAAGGAGCUGUUCACUUCAGAAUUUGAGCCAGCGAUGCAAAUUGAUGGGUAAACGUAUCACCUAAGCACUUCUAGAAUGUCUGAAGUACAAACAUUAAAACAGAAGAAAGGAGAGAAAAGGAAAAAAAAAAAAAAGAAAAGGAAAAAAAAAAAAAAAAAAAGAAAGAAAA